AUAUGUGUUCGUUAGAUGGCAGCAAACUAUUUAGCAGACUACAUUUUCUAUUUCCACAACAAACAAGCCAAACCCUUCUCAUUCUGCUUUUGGCUUAAAAAUCGCUUUUUGUUGCCUAUCAUGUGUGAAAAAUGCCUGAAAGAGGAAUAUCCCAACAGGGAUAGAAUGUGUUUGGAUUCAGGAGCUUACAUGGCAAAUCUGAAAGCUUGCUGUCUAUGCCAGUCAGUUCAAGUUAAAGUGCUGAACAAGAUUGUGACAGAAGAUAGUGGAAUCGAAGUAAUUGUGUUUGAACAUGUUUGUGGUACCUGCCAACAUGUCAUAUCCAUUCACAACUACAAGUUCUGGAUUGAGGGUGACUACCAAGAGUAUGAAAUGGACUGUGCAUUAUGUGGCGUCGCUGAAGAUUCCAUAAGUAUCCUUCCUGAUGAUCCUCGUAAAGCAUCUUUUGACUUUUUCUAAAUUAUCAGUAUUUGAAUGUCACAUGUUAAAAAAAUUGAUUUUGGUCCCAUUUAUUUAAGAAAGCAGGAUGAUCAUUUUAUUGACUGCAAAUAACAAUGAUUAUCACAUCACUUGAAGUAGGCAAUUGGGAGAUUAUUAAAUAUUUUCAAGAUUGUUACUAUUUCUUCACUCUUAUUUUCACAUUUUACCUUAAGUGUGUUACUGUGUUAAACUUCUGUGUCUCUUAAUUCACUAUGUCCAUUGCUUUUAAAUAGCUGUUGAUACUCGAGAAAAGCAAUUGUACAAAGUUGAGAUGACCUUUAACAAGCAAUCAAAUUGGAUUUCUUGCCUUAAUUCAGGUGAAACUAGUUACAAACCAUCUCUUCCCUGAACCAUUAAAUUAUUUUUGACGAUAUUUAAAACAAGUUGUUUUAGAUUUUUCGUUAAAUAGCCCAUCGAAAUCUCCAA